AUAACGCUAGUGUUGUGUGGGGAUAGGGUGAUGAUAUAAGUUUCACUCUGAAACAACCCAGAUUCACCAUCGACUCAAUCUUGUAGCCACAACAACAAUGUCGACUGUUUCUGCAUCUUCUUCCAUCUCAUGUUACUCAAUUUUCAAACCCCACAAAAACCCCAACACCCGCUUAUCAUUUUCUCUACCCAUUCCACUUCAAUCGUCCCAUCCUUGCAUUAGCAUUAGCAUUAGCAUUCCCAAUUCUUAUCCUAAUUCACCUGUUGUGCUCCAAACAAGAUUCUCCAAUUUGAACAAGAUAAGGUCUUCUGUAGCCGAAGAAGAAACAGUUGUAGUUCCUGAACAACAAGAAGAACAGAGCAGUGGUAAUCAAGGGGAUGUUGAGGCCACUGUUACUGUUCCUGUUUCCCGUUCUGAUGUCCUCACCAUGUUCUUUCAGGCUGAGGGAACAAUGAGUGAAGGGGCCAUUCCUUCUGUAACAAGUGCUCUAGAGGAGACGGAGGGAAUCUCAAACCUAAGGGUCCAAGUUCUCGAGGGUAUUGCAAGUGUCGAGUUGAAGAAGAAAACAACCGUGCAGGCUACCGGAGUGGCUUCUAAUCUGGUUGAGAUCAUACAAAAUUCCGGAUUCAAGUUACAAGCACUGAAUUUGAGCUUUGAUGAAGAUGCCAACUAAAUACACAAUCCCCUUUGUUCAUUUCUUUAUAAUCGUGAACCAAGAGCAUCUACGUCCUUGUAGUUAAGGCAUCUCGAAAUUUCUUGAACAUGUUUUUCAUUCGUGUUUUGCUGUCUGUCUUCCCAAGUCAUAGAUAUAUGGAACAUAUGUAGAGUUAACAUUUGACCCACAAUGUCCCAGUUUUAAUGUUGUAUUUUGCUAGUUGAUAA